AUGGGCAGCGGAUCAAGUGUACAUUUGAAAUGCUCUCAUUGCCAUAUGACAUCGUACGGUCGAUGCGAUCAUUGUCGUUACCGUUAUUGUCAACAACAUUUUCAUUCACAUGCACAGACAUGUCCUGGAGCACGAGCUUAUCAGCAUACAACAUUAAGAUGCGUUCCUGAAUGUUUAUUCUGUGAUAAUGAUGCAACAGGCCGCUGUGGAGGUUGUGGAAAAGAUGUUUGUAAUUCAUGUUUUUAUUCCGGUCAUCGAUAUGGACAAUGUUCAACAUAA